UGGAUUCGCGCUGGUGCGAAAGCCCUGAGUGCGACCUCUUUCCCUUUCAGACACAUGCCCUGUACGCACCGGCAUGUACGCACUGCCAUCAUCAUCUGCUUCUUGCGUCGUUCAGCAGCCACGGCCGCGAUCGUGAGCUUGCCUCGAGGGUACCCGAAAGGGCCUCUCUGACGGAGGGUGUUCUGACGCCGGCGCACAAAGUCAUCAAGGGUCGCUGAGCGAAGGGUUAAGGCUCUAGGCACCGUCGGCAUCCUGCUACAGCUUCCCGUGGCGACGCCUACUAGAUCCUACAGGACUCGUCCUCACUUGCUCUCGUGAAUCAGAAUUAAAUCAUACGUUGCGCAAUUUCUCCUCCGUGCAACCACAUUUUUGCACAUCGAGGUAUACGUCAACCUCUCAACAGACGCACGCAUACAUCAACGCUUUCACUGCAGCCAUCACUCAGCUACUCACCCAAGCUUGACUGCCUAGCAUGGCGACUCUGAUCAAGCCGCUGGCCUCUGCGGAGGAAGCCACGGUGCAGACGAGCGUCAACACCACCAUCGCCGCAAGCAGUGCGAGUCCAGUAGCUAUGCCAGCCCUCAGCUCCGCGGCAACGUCUGGCCCUCCAUCUCCUCAAGUGCACCUCAUCGUCCUCGCACCAUCCGCUGCGUUGCCAAGCGAGAAGUCCGAAGUCAAAUCGUCUGAACUCCGGCCGAUCCUGACGUCGAUAUUUGGACCCAUCGCACAGCAGCUAAAAUCUUUGCAUCCGACUGCCAAGCUGUUGUACAGUAUUGUGCGCUAUCCUCGUGUCCCUCAGAGCGAUCCAGGCUCCUCUCGCACCGCUCUCGACGUUGCUCAACUUGAUGAAGAGUGGCAAUCGGACUCUGGCUAUGGCAAUUCACCUUCGCCUGGACAAGCCUCUCGACGCGUGGAAACGCGUCAGUGGAAGGAGUGGACAUCCAAUUCAAAUCAACUCGAGCCUCUGCAGGCCAAGGACCUUGCUCAGCGGUUCGAUGAGGGCGCCGAAUCAUCUCGUCAGGCUUGGUACGUGGAGUUAAACGAUUUGCUCUUGGGAAACAGCGAGAAGCUUGGACCUUCUGAUGCUCUAUGGGGUCUUGUGCGAGUGCUAGAGCACUUCAAGGAGACUGAUCCAACCGGCACGCUCCCAAACAAGACCAUUAGCCUCUUCCCUCCCACCGGCAGAGUAGCUGCUAGACAUGUUCUGCAUCUUUGCCGAGCAGACGAUUCCCUGCAUAUCCAAGGCUCGUUGCCUCGGCCUGGAAGAUCCGCUUCGGAGGACUGGACCCUAGCAACUGUCACUGAAGCUCUUAGAAGCCUAAAGGUGCAAUUCUCCACAAUCGUAGUUCCAGCAAGCAGGGACGCAGGCAAGCGAGGAGAGUGCGACGCUGAGCGUCUGCAUGCUUCUCUUGCCCCGACGCGACCUGAUGGGAGCGUCGACGAGGACCAAGAUUGCUCGGGAUUGGAAGCGCACUCGCUACUUGGAGCGGGCUUGUCAAAGAAUCUGAUACUUAUGCUCAGAGGCCUGGCUGUAAGGAGCGCCGCAUCGCGAAAGAGAUCCCGUUCGCGAGCGUCCCCCGAGUCACUGCGUUCGGAUCAGGCCAAGCGGCUCAAGAGUGCUGCAGCUCCUACCGCGGGUUCCGGAGCAUCCACAACGCUCUCAGGUCUCCCUGUAGCAGGCCCAUUGGGACAGCCAGAUGGCGGUGCGCCUCAGGUAGCAGGCACGAACACGACGUCCAUGAAUGCGGCCAUGAUUCAACAAGCUGCUGCUGCUGCCGCUGCUCAGGCUGCCGCUCUUAUUCCGGCGCACUUACCUGAUGCACACAAGGCCAUCCUUCGGUCUGCUCUCACCAGACUCAUGUUUGUUCAACAGCAGCAAGCGACGAUGAUCAGGAAUCUUACCAUCACCCAGAGAGCUGAGGCUGCUACGGCUAGCAAGGAGCGCCAGAUGGCACUCGAGCGACUGAGGGCGAAAUUGGUCGCUGCGCACGAAGCUAUAACUGCGCAGUCGAAGGCUCUGGGAUCCGGUGGCGGUCCUCCCGACGUACAGAAGGCUCUCGCUGCAUUGGUACACAUCUCGCAGGAAGCCGAGUCCAUGGGAGUGCACCUGGGCUUGAGCAAGCAGGUCUUGGCGGUCGCAGCAAAAGUUGCGAGCGGGCAGAGUGCUCCCAGUGCAAAUGGAAGUGCUCCCGCAGCUGCUCCUCCUCAACAGCCUUUCCAGGCAUCUGCCACGGCCCCAGCUCAGGCAGUAAACGAGGCCAACGCCAAGUUUGGGCAGCUGGGAUCUGACUCUGCAAUACGAGGUGUUCCUCCACCUGACUUUUUGCAAGCCACAGGCAAUGCCACUGCUGCACCAGCCCAAGCUAGCUCAAGUCGUCCGACACCCUACUGGUCCGGUCCGAUUGUAUGGAGCGUCAACGAUCCAAAUAAUCCAGGAAUGAAGCGCGAAAUCGCUUCAUUCGUCAGCGCAUCUGCAAAUUCUCGUACAGCCAAGGAGAAUCUCAACUUACCUUGGCCUGCCAGACUCAACCUGGGUAGCAUGACGCCACUGGACAUGCCAGCGCUGCAAGCUUAUGUCGGGACCAGGCAGACGCCCGCUGUGCUUUUUACGCCUCGACCACCAGGCCAGGCCAGCCCUGGCGAACCAGACGUGCCUGCUCACAACGUGAAAGCGUACGAAAUGCUCGCUAGUACCUUGCGAGACCGCAAAUGCUGCGCUCUGAUCCCUCAUGGUGCGCCUGGAGCUGGCAUUGUGCUUGUGCCUAUGCCCACCGUAGCCGCUCAGAUGACGAGAUUGUUGGGGUUGGUCUUCAAGGAAGCGGCACCGCUACAAGCUCUGGCAAGCGCUGCUUCGACUGGAGCUUCCAAGCAGGUCGGCACGCAAGUAUCUGGUCGACCGUUCGCCGAUCCCUCUUUGGAAGCAACUCGGCCGCCACAGAUGCCAAUGCCUGCGCAGUCUGGUCAUCCAUCUGGCCAGAUACCGCCAGUGCAGCAGCAGCCCACUCAGCGAAUGGGCUCGCGACCACCAGAGGCACCGCCUUCCAACUCACUGCAGCCUGGUCCUGGUGCGGGCAUCCACUCAGUGCCGCCUGCACAGGGACCCGGGCAAGGUCCAAUGCCAGCUCAAGCGCUGUUCCAACCACCGCCACCGCCGUCCAAUCAGGCGCCGAGGCCCGCAGCGAUUUCCACCACUCAGGCGCCUCAACACGGUCCACGGCCGCCUGCUGCGCCUACGAGCGACGCUCCCAAUGCCUUGCAAGCCCAACAAGCUCAAAUGUUUGUUCAGCGUCAGAUCGCCCAGCUUCAGCAAGCUCGACUCCAGCAACAACAGCAGCAGCGAGCAGAUGGCCUGCCUGCUCCUCACAAUGGCGGGGCGCAACAGCACCAGCAGCCGCAGCCGCAGCAGAUGGGACAGAUCACUGCUUCUAUACCGCAAAUGGUUCAAUUCCUUCAGCAGCAAGUGGCCUCGCAGCAGGGCGUGCAGCCUCAGCAGCCGGCCAAUAUGGGCCAAUUCAGCAUGCCACCCAGUAACUUCCCGACUCAGCCAAAUUGGAAUUUCGGUGGCAACCAAAAUCUUGGCCAGGUGCAAGAGCCUGGCCAGCCCAGCAACAUGGGAAGCGUUCACGCCGCACCCAUGUCGGGCGAUUUCAACCUUUCCAGCACAUUCGCAGCGUCUGGCUACGGUCCACCAAGUCAGCAAGGCGCACCGGGAAAGGUCCCGUGGAACUCAAGUGCAGUGACGGGUGGGCAAAGCAACGCAGGAGGCGUGACUCCUGCAGACGUAGCAGCUCUAGCUGCCCAGCUGGGUCUGAGCCACGCUGCGUUCGGCGCUGGCAACCAGGGCAACAAUCCGGGCGUCUCGAUGCCUCCUCAGCAACAGCCCCAACAACAGCAGCCCUUCGCUGGAACGCAGUUCCCUUACAAGUCCCAAGCUGGCCCUCAGGGUAUGCAAACGUCGCAGCAGCAGCCAACCGGCAUGUGGCCUGGUUUCAGUCAGCAACCCCAGCAGCAGCAACACUCGGCAGCUUCCCUUGCCAACGUUGGACUAACGAAUGAAAUGUUGCAACGCAUGCUUGGUGGAGCUCAGUAGGCGGCUUGAAGACUUCGACAAAAAGCGUCCACUUGUACCUGCAACUCGCGGUCUGGCUUGUUCAUGAGUGCCUACAUCACCUGUCCACAUCUAUCCAUCGCCACUCGCCCGCUUCGCGCACCGCCGGGUGCUUAUGUCAACAUGUACUUGUAGCAACACCGCCUUCUCUCUCAAUCAAAUUGGCCGCAUCACGCUGCCACAUGC